AUGGAAAACGAGGCAGAUGAAGUAAAAAAUAAUAAUGAGAAUUAUCCAUAUCGGAUAGAGUUUGAGGAUACUUACUUUAAAGCAGUAGCGGAGGCAGAGAAAGUAUUAAACCCUAUAAUUCAGCAAGGUCUUGUACAAACAGCGCAAAAUACAGGAACUACUUCGACGCAAUCGACAAUUAAUUUAGCUGCAUUAAAUAUACCAACUUUUAGUGGCAAAUAUGAAGAUUGGUCAGCCUUUUUUGAUAUGUUUCAACGCCUGGUACAUUUUAAUGCGGAGAUAACGCCAGUUCAAAAAUUCUUUUAUUUAAAGUCAUCAUUAAAUGGAGAAGCAGCUAGUAGUAUUAGAUGCAUUGAAACAACGGACGCAAACUAUGAGGCCGCUUGGACUACAUUAAUUGAACGUUAUAAUAAUAAAAAGGUGUUAGUUCAAAGACACGUCCGAAAUAUUGUCGAGUUAGAACCGUUACAAGAUAGUACUGCCAGAAGAUUACGUAUGUUAAUAGACGACUUAAAUGGUAAUAUGAAAGCUUUAGAAACUUUAGGCGAAAAACCAGGAGAUUGGGGCCCUUUACUGUUGCACAUAGUGUGUUCAAAGCUGGAUCGAGAAACGCUGAAGUCGUGGGAGAUAAAAUCAUCCAAGGAUAAAGUACCAACUGUUAAGGAAUUAACAACAUUUUUAGGCGAACGUUUUCAGAUAAUGGAAUCCAUAGAAUCUUCGCAAUGCAGUAAUAAUUAUUUAUCAACUGUUGACCGGAAAAGUAGUUUUAUAAAACAUGCGAACAAUCAUCGUAAAUUAAUGACUCGGUCAAAUACUCUGAUAACUACCGCGAUUAAAUGUUAUGUUUGUAAUCAGCCGCAUACAAUAUGUAAGUGUCCAUCGUUUAUUGCGUUAUCGGUAGCCGAGCGCAUAUCUAAAGUGAACACAAUAGACCUGUGUAAAAUUUGUUUACGAAAACACGAUAAAAUAAAAUGUUUUGGUAGAUAUUGUCUGAAGUGUAAUAAUUCCCAUAAUACGUUGUUGCAUUUAAUUAAAAGUGUAGUAUUCAAUCGGCCUGAAACCCAAACAGAAAAUAUUUCAAGUGAGACAGCAACUACUAUUUCGACCACCGCACAUGUAUCUAAUACAUUAGAUCAAGUUUUAUUAGCGACAGCAUUAGUACAAGUCAGCAAUUCCAUUGGCCAAACGUCCGUAGCAAGGGUGCUCCUUGACUCAGCAUCAAUGAAUAACUUUAUUACGGUAGAGUUAGCUAAUAGUUUACGGUUAAAAAGACAAAAAAUUAAUCAUAUUGUUUGUGGUAUAGGGCAAACGACCCAAAGUAUUUCGUCAACGGUUGAAUUAAAAAUAAAAUCGCGUAAUAGUGACUUUCAACUAUUCACUCGAUUAUUGGUGGUGCCAAAGAUAACGGGGGAUUUGCCUAUGAAGAAAAUCGGAGAUGACAAAAACACGCCCGCUGGAGUUUUCUUAGCGGACCCAUUAUAUAAUGUGCCGCAACCAGUUGAUAUUUUAAUAGGAGCUAGCCAUUUUAUCAAUUUAAUCGGUAAAAAACAGUUUAAAAUUGCAAAUAAGGGACUUAUUUACCAAGAAACUGAGUUUGGUUUUGUUGUAUCGGGUGCCAUACCUAGUACUAGCAUGCCUAAUAAAUCGACAGCAUGUGUUGUUUCUGUAGAGGAUUCAAUAAAUGGUGGAGUUUGUAGCGAGGUGUAA